UCAGGGCGGCGCGCCGGGGCGAGGGUUGGUGGCGCCGCCGUGGAGGUUCUCGGCUAAAAAACAGCAGGUUUUGUGCAGAGCAGAGUCUUCUCUUAAUCAGACGCAGGCUGAGUUCAGCAGUGACAGCCCCAUGGUUUACUCUGCCUACAGCUGAAGUCAUCUCUAGUUGUGGUUUUGCUCUCCGUUGCUGUGCUUCACAGGAGAGAUUUUCAUGGAUCUCAACAGUGCUAGCACUGUUGUUUUACGAGUCUUGACCCAAGCUACUAGCCAAGAUACUGCAGUGUUGAAGCCAGCUGAGGAACAACUGAAGCAGUGGGAGACACAGCCAGGUUUUUAUUCAGUCUUGUUGAAUAUCUUUACAAAUCAUAGCUUGGAUGUGAAUGUAAGGUGGUUAGCUGUGCUGUACUUUAAAAAUGGAAUUGAUCGCUAUUGGAGACGGGUGGCACCACAUGCUCUCUCUGAAGAAGAAAAAACUACAUUGCGUGCUGGACUUAUCACCAACUUUAAUGAGCCAGUGAAUCAGAUAGCUACUCAGAUCUCUGUACUGAUUGCUAAAGUUGCCAGGGUGGACUGCCCAAGGCAAUGGCCGGAACUUAUACCCACUCUUGUAGAAUCUGUGAAGGUGCAGGAUGAUCUUCAACAGCACAGAGCACUGCUUACCUUUUAUCAUGUUACGAAGACCCUGUCAUCCAAGCGGCUUGCUGCAGAUAGAAAACUUUUCUAUGAUCUUACAUCAAGUAUUUAUAGCUUUGCAUGUUCCUUGUGGAAUCAUCAUACAGAUACAUUCCUACAGCAGAUUUGUGUGGGGAAUGAAGCUGCAGCUGCAAAUUCACUAGAAAGGACCUUGUUGUCAUUGAAAGUGCUUCGGAAACUAACAGUUCAUGGCUUUGUAGAACCUCAUUGGAAUGCAGAGGUGAUGGGUUUUCUACAUGCUGUAUUUGAACGGCUGAAACAGUUUCUGGAGUGUAGUAGAAGUAUAAGAGCAGAAAACAUAUGCAGGGAUCGUCUAGAAAAGACUAUAAUUCUGUUCACUAAAGUGCUUUUGGACUUCCUAGAUCAACAUCCUUUUUCGUUCACUGCUUUGAUUCAGAGAUCAUUGGAGUUCUCUGUGAGCUAUGUUUUCACAGAAGCUGGUGAAGGAAUUGUAUUUGAGCAGUUUAUUGUACAAUGCAUGAAUCUCAUUAAGAUGAUUGUAAAAAAUUAUGCAUAUAAGCCAUCCAAAAAUAUUGAAGACAGCAGUCCUGAAACUCUUGAAGCGCAUAAGAUAAAGACAGCUUUUUUCACAUACCCAACACUAAUGGAAAUAUGUAGGAGAUUAGUCACUCACUAUUUCUUGCUGACAAAGGAAGAAUUGACUAUGUGGGAAGAGGAUCCAGAAAGCUUCACUGUAGAAGAGACAGGAGGAGAUUCUUGGAAGUACAGUCUCAGACCAUGCACAGAAGUUCUUUUUAUUGAUAUUUUCCAUGAAUAUAAUCAGAUCCUUACCCCAGUGCUUUUAGAAAUGGUUCACAGUCUACAAGGAUCUACCAACAUAGAAGAUACCAAUGCUAUACUGAUCAAAGAUGCUGUGUAUAAUGCGGUUGGACUCGCUGCUUAUGAACUAUUUGAUAGUGUCGAUUUUGAUCAGUGGUUUAAAAAUCAACUAUUAGCAGAACUACAAGUUUCUCAUGACAGGUAUAAACCAAUACGCCGACGAGUAAUAUGGCUGAUUGGACAGUGGAUUUCUGUAAAAUUCAAAUCAGACUUGAGACCUGUUUUAUAUGAAGCAAUUCGUAACUUACUUCAAGACCGUGACUUAGUGGUCCGUAUUGAGACAGCGACAACACUGAAGUUAACUGUAGAUGACUUUGAGUUCAGAACUGACCAGUUCUUACCGUAUCUGGAAUCCAUGUUUACACUGCUCUUUCAGCUACUACAGGAAGUAACACAAUGUGACACAAAAAUGCAUGUUCUUCAUGUUCUGUCUUGCGUGAUUGAAAGAGUCAAUAUGCAGAUACGACCAUAUGUAGGAUGUUUGGUUCAGUAUUUACCACUCCUUUGGAAGCAGAGUGAGGAGCACAACAUGCUACGAUGUGCCAUUCUAACCACCCUAAUCCAUCUCAUCCAGGGACUGGGAGCAGACAGCAAAAAUCUCUAUCCUUUUCUACUUCCAGUUAUUCAGCUAAGUACAGAUGUUUCUCAGCCUCCACACGUCUAUCUUCUGGAAGAUGGUUUAGAGCUGUGGUUAGUGACACUGGAGAAUAGUCCAUGUCUUACACCGGAGCUCCUGAGAAUAUUUCAGAACAUGUCUUCCCUCCUUGAGCUGAGUUCCGAAAACCUCAAAAAUUGCUUUAAGAUCAUCAAUGCUUAUAUUUUCUUAUCAUCAUCUGAAUUUUUACAGAUGUAUGCUACUGACUUAUGCCGGUCAUUUUGUGAACUUCUGAAGGACAUAACUACUGAAGGUCAAGUUCAAGUUUUAAAGGUUGUAGAAAAUGUCCUAAAAGUAAACCCUGUAUUGGGUCCCCAAAUGUUUCAACCCCUUCUGCCAUCAGUAUUCAGGGGGAUUAUAGAUGGGGAGAGAUACCCAGUGGUGAUGUCUACUUAUCUGGGGAUCAUGGGUAGAGUUCUACUACAAAAUGCAAGGUUUUUUUCAUUACUUCUGAGCCAGAUGGCAUGUGAAUUGGGUCAGGAGUUGGACCAUAUUCUUGGUAACAUGAUUGAAAUGUGGGUUGAUCGGAUGGAUAACAUCACUCAACCAGAAAGAAGAAAACUUUCUGCUUUGGCAUUGCUUUCUCUUCUGCCGUCAUUGAAUGGUGUUAUCCAAGAUAAAUUUUGUGGUAUCAUCAACAUUUCAGUGGAAGGACUACAUGAUGUUAUGACUGAAGAUUCUGAAACAGGAACAUACAAAGACUGCAUGUUAAUGUCUCAUUUUGAAGAGCCCAAAGCUACAGAUGAUGAGGAACCUCCUACAGAACAAGACAAAAGGAAAAAAAUGCUUGCACUGAAGGACCCUGUACACACUGUGUCAUUGCAGCAGUUCAUCUAUGAGAAGCUAAAGGCGCAGCAGGAAUUAGUGGGAGAACAAGGUUUUCAGGCCCUUAUGGAAACUGUGGAUACAGAAAUAGUUGCCCAGCUACAAGAAUUUUUACAAGGCUUCUAAACAAGCAGAAAAAAGAUUUUGUAUGUCAAAUUUUUCUUUCAAAAAAAAAAAAGAAAACUUCCAUCUUGUAUGGAAGAGCCUAAUGGAAGGUGAAAAUGACUUGUGUUAAAAAAUAAAAAUAAGUUUCUGCUGUUGCUAUUAAACCAUGCUCCUUUGUUGUUUUUUUUUUAAUAAUAUACUAAGGGUUUUAUCAUUAAACUAACAUUUCUAUGAUUCCUAACAUGGUCUAUGCUGUCCUAGGUAGUACCUUUUUUUUUUGGUACCAUUACUGACCUUUUUUUUCACAAAGCUAUGUCAUAAAGGCAGAGAUCUGCAGGAACUUACUAAUGUGUAUUAAUGGGAAGAGUCUGUUAUUUCAACACUAUAAUUCAGUAUCAGGAACUGCUUCUUUUCAUAUUGUAUACCUAUAACUUUCUCCCCUUUCUGUUAGUCUUUCUUGACUGUAUGUUCAACCAUACAAGCAGAAAGAGUUACGAAAACAGUAAGACUGUGAGCAGAAAUAUUCCUUUUUGAGAGAAAGAUAAUUCCCAUUUGAAUUGUCUCAGAGAAAAAGAAACUUAGAUUGUAUUUGAUGAGUUGCUAGAGAUCAUUAGUGUAUAUCGCUCUCUGAAGAUGUGGCUUUUCAUUUUUGUUACCAAAUACUUUAUUUUUCGUAAGAAAAAAAUUCUUCAGUUCCUUCUAUUUCAGUUCUAGUUGUCAUAACACAGAGAAGCUCACCAUAGGUAGAUGAGUAAUAUAUUCCAAUUAAUUUGUGGCUGUACCUGAACUACCUAAAGUUGCCACAUUCAGUAUCUUUAUUAUUUGCAUGUUUUCAUCAGAGGCAUGUCAUCAGGAUACUUCAGAAUUGUUGCUGAAAAGUUUAGGCCCCAAGGGUCACAGUUGAAAUAAUUCUUUGCAAACAUAAGGCUUUCUUUUAAUUAUUUAUUAGUUACCUGCAGCAAUCACAGGGUAAAGCUGCUCCUUUCUGUAUGCCUCUGUCUUUUGUACCUUACAGAUGGAAGAGGGAAGAGAAGGCUCAUUUCCAUUUUCAGAAUUUUUCCUUUUAAGGACUGAUCUUCCACCUUCAAAGCUGAAAUGAACUUUGUUUGCUUUACUAAGGGAUGAUUCAGCUAUUAAGUCAGAUUUUUUUUUUCAGGGGGUUUAGCUGUUUAAAAAGACCUACAAGUUUUGAUAAUCUUACCAGAUAACCAGAUGCUUUUAAAAAUCUGACCCUUUGGGGAGUAAUCAUUUUCAAAACCUUCCCUCUGAUUGCAGAGGAAGCCUGGCCUUUCUCUCCUCUUUUGGCCUUAGUGUCAGAGGCUGGUGAGGCUCUCACAUUUCUGAAUGCAAAACCUCCUCUAUUCCCUGCUGCCAGCAUCUGUCAGCAGAAGUUGUGCGGUAACUCUUUGUUUUCUGCUUUUUACUUUGGCAUAGGGAGGUUUGCUAGAAGAAUUAUUACAAUUUGUCUGUAUGUGAUCUGCAUGUCAUUUCCUCAAUCAUCCACCAACACCAAGUCUGAUAAUUAAAGAGUUUCAUCUGGUUACACUUGGUACUUGCAAGGGAAGGGACUCAAUGUGCUGAUGGUCUCUUUCAGAUGUGAACCACAUUUACCAGAACCUGGGGCAUUUCACUAAAUUUGCAUUUGUUGCACAGUUAAUCUGCAGAGCCCCUGAGCUUUUGGAUCGGUGUAAAACUAGUGCUGAUCUGGUAGGCCUCACAUAGCAUGACUGUGUGGCGUACAUAAAAACGUCAUGUCAGGGAGCAGUACUUUUCUGUCACCACUCAGCAAAGUCACUUGCUUGGUGCUGAAUAGCGGUCCCUGAUGUCUCAGAGAAAGGCAGGUGCUCCGUGCUGUAGUCCAGCCCUGGCCUAAAGGCUGCUCUCUACUGUGUGGCCAGGCCACCAAGCUCCCUGUGCUGCCUCCUGCAGGCAACUGAGCCAGAUCUGCCUUCUUGUGUCAUUCUCUGGGCAAUUCCAGUCCUCAUUACCUCAUGUGGUGGAGUGUUAACUGCAGUUUAUUUCAGUGCAUGAUAACUAAUGUUGGUAGAGACCCUGUCAAGAAUGAUGGGCAUAAUUUUGGCUAAUAACAGCAUGAUAACAUUGUAACUAACUUUCUGAGUAGUCUCUGAGUAACUGCAUAUGUUCAUUUCAUAUGCAUUAGGGAACAAGUUAAAUUUGUUACUAAGUGUUUAGCUUUUCAUUUUGGAAGAUUUUACUCCAAGGCUUGGACUAUAAAUGAAAACAUCAUCAUCAUAACUGUUUGUAUGACAACCACUGUCAGUGAACACACUGCAAAACAAGUGGCCAUCUGCACUCAGCAGCUAUCUAGUAGUCAAAGUGGAGAAAUUUCACCUUGAAAUAGCAGAAAACCCCUAUAUACUAUCCUUAUAUAUUAAAUCCUUAUAUAUAGGGUUAAAGUUUCACUGGAAGAUUGUGGAGUAGGACUGCAGCAAGCUAUAGCCCUUUAUGAUGUUUUUGAAAUUUCUAACUUUAGUCUCCAGGGGAAGAAGCAAAACCGAAUACAACAAAUGGUCUGACAUCGAAACAGUAAAAUACAGUUUCUGAAAUUCUCAUGAAGGAGGAUCUUUGGUUGUGUUGCCCUUUAGGCUUUGAUUUUCAAGACAAAAAGUAAUUUAAAUUGGGAAUUUUUUUUUCCUGUAACACAAUUAAACUCCUCAGGGUUAUGGAUGUUAUCAGUUUAGCUUGGCAAUGACUAAGAUGAAGACAAAUGUGUUCUGUCACUCAUAAGAGUUAAACAAGGACUAAUUCUCCUGCCUCCAUCUUCAUUGAUAGCUUUGCUGUAUCAAUGAUGGCCAUUUUUAGGCCUUUGGUGUAACAGAAGUGUUAAUAAUCCAUGUGAUCUCAUUGCAUUCUGUUAAAUUUUUUUCAGCUUUAAAAAGUAGAUUUAUCCAUGCUAUAACUUAUUCCAAUUAGAUAGUUUGGUGUUUGUCCCAUACGAAAUACAACUUUACUUCUACAAGUCAGAUAAUGUGUGGGCAGGGCAGUGGCCUUAUGUUUUCACAAUGCUCUCUGCCUUGCUUGGAGGGAACCAUGGCCUCCUGCCUUACCUUCAAUGAAGUGACGGAGGGGUUUGUGUCAUUUGCGAGCAAGUCCAAGGGCCAGGCUGUUUGGUGAAAAUCUCAGCCCUUGCCAUGGCCCAGGAGGGUGCAGAGGGAGUGCAGGGUUUAGUGUGUGUCUGUAGGUGCUGCCGCACCAAAUGCAGUCCUGACAGGCCUCGUGGAUGGGGCUGCUGGAGGGAACCCCACUUCUUGCCAGGAAAGUGAGUCCUUGUGGCACUGCUGAUGGAUUGGCAGGAGUUGUUCUGCCCACUGUGCUUUGACUGAGAAGGGGUUCCAUGAUUCCAGGGAAACAGACACCAUGCAGGCCAUUCAUUUUUAGUUCUUUCUCCUCAGGGUCUUUGCAGAGGCAAAUAACCCAUAUGCUUUUUCCAAUGUAUUUCCCCUAAGUUACUGAGACUAUUUUAGAUGGGGCUCUGAGUACUCUUGUCUAGUGGACAGUGUCUCUACCUAUACCAGAGGGGUUGGAACUAUGGUGGUCUUUAAGGUCCCUUCCAAGCCAAACCGUUCUGUGAUUCCAUGAUUCUAAGCCUAGGAGAAUAUGCAGGAGGGAAACUCAGCUCCUGUUGGCCCAAACAGGUGUUCAGACAUUUUCUUGCAGGGUACCAGGAAUGACAGCCAAAGUCCAAAGUGGACUCUCAGCUUGUAACUGCAAAUUGUGACAGAUGGACUCAUUUCUCUGAUGGUUCAGCAAUGAUAAAAUCACUUCUUUAGAUCAUAUUAACACACAUACAAGUUUUACAGUUAAUAUCAUUCAAUAAUGUUUAGUAUGCUUAACUUUUUUUCUGUUUGUUCCAAACCAUUGUAAUGCUCUAAAUUGCAGUUCAUGGUAUUUGAACUGCUGAACAUGCCACAUCUUCAUUUAGCAAAAGCAGCAGCUUUGUAACUAAGGUGCACAUUUUGAAGGUUCUCCAAACUCUUGUUUUGGUUCGACGCUGAUUAUUCAAAAAAUAAAUGAUUACUAAUUUUAAAAUGUUCACCAUUUCCAUCUCACUGCUAGCUGUGAUUAUUAAUGAUGACUAAUUAUCAGUUAAAUAGAUUUGAUUACUUCUGUAGAAACAUUUCAUAAAGUGCAAUAACUUGUUCGUACCAGACUUUGAUGACUCUGGGGAAAAUGAAAUCAAAUUAAGUGGAACCAACCCCAUCUAAAAUUUUAUUGCGUGUUCAUAAGAAGUGCUUAAAAAUGUUACAUUCUUUGUUCCCCACACUGGCUAGGCAGCAUUUUGUUAGGCUGAGUGUAUGCUAGUGCACUGACUAGUUUAUAUACUGUAUGCUUAAAAAUACUGAUCAUGAAGGAGUUGUUUUCAAUUUUACACUGAAUGGAUGACCAGUUUUGGUCUAAAAUGAAUUGAAAAGAAGCAAAAGCGAAGUUGCUGCAAACAAGCAAAUUCUGCCUGCAAUACAUAAAUGUAACUAGAGCAUGCCUCUUAGAAGUUGGUUAUACAGAAUAAAACCACAUCCCACAUGAAGGUAUGUGUCAUUUCUGAAAUAAGCAGUGGAUGUCGGCAGGUGGCAAAGCAUCUCACCUGGGCUGGAGUUGUGCAAGUAGUUGACUUUUUCAUUCUCUUUCUGAAGAAGGGAAAUUGGUGGGUUGACAGAAAGUUUAAUUGACCUAAGGUCCAAUGCUGUAUUUCUCUCUCUAGAUUUCUUAACGUGCUUUUAAUAAAAUAAAAACCAAUUUUGAAGUCAA